AUGGUUUCGCUAGCACGGCUCCAUGAGCUCGAAGCGGAGAACAAGUACUUGCGCAAGUGCUGCGAGGCUCAGCAGUAUCUGAUCUUCCACGGCUACUGGAGGUCGCGCGAUCUGCACGUGCCUAUAUCCAAAGACCACGCGGAGCAGGUUUUCAAUGACCGAUUUCGGCCGUUCAGUUGGAAGACAUACUCAGACGUCGAGUGGAGACGAAUCCACGACUGCUUCUAUUCCCAUGAAGUCCACCUCCAGCGAGGAUCGGUGGAUGAGAUGAUCAUGCGUGUGCUGGAGAUUGCAUUCCCCGGCAUACGGUUUAAGUACAGGAUUGUCAAGCCUCGUCUUGAGGAGUACUUUGCGGGCGUGACAUGUCCGCCACUCGCCGCAGACAUCAAGACUGCCGUCCUGGAAUUUGUGGCUCAAGAGUUAGCCAUGGAGGGCAGUGGUGAUGAAGUCAUCCGCCGUGCGCGGAAUCGUCCGGCUGGUCUUGCUGAGGCAUUCCUGCGCGAGAACUACAGCAUUGUCGUCAGGCAUGCUGGGACAGUGAUUCUGCGGCUCAAUCCAGCGGAUGACUCCUUCAAGUGCGUGUCUGACGUGAUACGAAGAGCCUAUCGUAGCCUCCAAAGUGACAGCGACAUCGACAGGUUCGCCCUAAUCCACGACGAGGUCGUGCUACCAAGCGAUUUGAUACUGCGCCAGAUGAGCAACUUGGACUGGGAGCUGGACGAGUUCUUCUUGCUCUUGCUCGAGGAGAUGUAG